GGCGCGGUCCGUCCAGCACGGCAGGAGUAAGUGGCCUGUGGAGCUGCGGCCGGAGGCGGCUCCUCUCCAGCAGCCGGGCGGGCGAAGGCCCCGGGCUCGCGCUGGCCGCCAUCAUGCCCUCUACAUCUCCUGCCCCCAACGCCACGGCGCCGGCGGCGUGGACCAACAUCAGCAUGCCGGAGAUGCCGCUGUUCCACCGGUUUGCCCUGCUGGACGAGGAGCUGUACGCUGCCUUCCCGGGCCUGUGGCUGGCGCUGAUGGCCGUGCAUGGCGUGAUCUUCCUGGCGGGGCUGGUGCUCAACGGGCUGGCGCUGUAUGUCUUCGGCUGCCGCACCCGGGCCAAGACGCCGUCGGUCAUUUAUACCAUCAACCUGGUGGUGACCGACCUGCUGGUGGGCCUGUCCCUGCCCACACGCUUCGCUGUCUUCUACGGCGCCCGCGGCUGCCCCAGCUGUGCCCUCCCGCACGUCUUUGGCUACUUCCUCAACAUGCACUGCUCCAUCCUCUUCCUCACCUGCAUCUGCGUGGACCGCUACCUGGCCAUCGUGCAGCCGGAUGGGUCCCGCCGCUGGCGCCAGCCUGCCUGCGCCAGAGCCGUGUGCGCCUGCGUGUGGCUGGCCGCCGGCGCCGUGACCCUGUCCGUGCUGGGCGUGACGGCCACCGGCGGGCCCUGCUGCCGUGUCUUCGCGCUGACCGUCCUGGAGUUCCUGCUGCCCCUGCUGGUCAUCAGCAUCUUCACGGGCCGCAUCAUGUGUGCGCUGUCGCGGCCAGGCCUGCUGCGCCAGGGCCGCCAGCGCCGCGUGCGGGCCAUGCAGCUGCUGCUCACCGUGCUCGUCAUCUUCCUGGUCUGCUUCACGCCCUUCCACGCCCGCCAGGUGGCCGUGGCCCUGUGGCCCGACGCGCCACCCCGCGCCAGCCUCGUGGCCUACCACGUGGCCGUGACCCUCAGCAGCCUCAACAGCUGCAUGGACCCCAUCGUCUACUGCUUUGUCACCAGCAGCUUCCAGGCCACUGUCCGCAGCCUCUUCCGCCGGCACGGAGUGGAGUAUGAGCCCAACAGCUGCGACGCGGUCAGCACGCUCCAGAGCGCCAAGGGCCCAGGCCACCGUCACAUCCUCAGCACCAGACCUCAAGCCCCCUCGCGGGCCCUGGCUAAUGGGCCUGAGGCUUAGUCCGCAGGACUCUGCAAGGGGACCAAAGGUCAAGACUGGGCUGGGCGUGCCAGGUCAGGGACAGAGCGGACACCUGCUCCACCCGGGUGGCACGUCAGGUUCACCUUGAUCGAUGGGUGAUGGCUUCCCAGUGCACUGCAGGAAGGAAGAGUCUGAGGCCCCUGUGCUAUGAUUGAUUAGCAAUGUCUGCCAUGGGCACUCGAGAGGGUGUGGUGGUCUGAAUGCUGACUCGUUGACAUCCCUAGGGUAUGUGCUGUGUCCCUGGAAAGCUCAGAGGGGGUAGCCAGGAGCUGCUUCUCACUUGGGCCAUUCUCCCCACCCAGCAGGGGCUCCUGAGAACAGAGACAAGGGUGUUUUAGGUUCUGGGAGUUUCGAAGAGGGUCAGAAAGGUAACUGAAGAGGCCCCCUCCCCACAGAGAGAGAAGAACAAGACCAGAAAGCAAGUCCAAGGACACGAAUGUCGCCUGAGGUGUUCACGAUUGCAGGACCCCCACCUGAGGAGCCACGGAUCACACGGAAAGCAGGCGGGACACCAUGGGAUGCUGGGUCGUGAGCACCGGGGCUUCUGGGCUGACACUUGAAGCAGAAGCCACUCUACAGAGGAGAGACGAUUUUCUGCCCAUACGCCGUGUAGGAGGGUCUAAGUGGCACGUCCGGGGCCCAAGUCAGAAUCAAAACCCAGCCCCAUCUCCUCCAACGCCCCCAUGCCUGCCCCAUGGAGACCGCUCAAAUCUUCCCAAAGCCCCCAGCCCAGCAACUGUCUCAGAAGACCCUGCCCACUGCCCCAGAAGCACGGUAGGGCUUGUGGCCCCAUCCUGUGAAUGAGCAACCAGGGGCAAAGACAGCGACAGGAACCCAGGCCUGCCGGGGUCCCCACACAGAGGCCUUUCCUCCCUCUCGCCUGGCCCGUCACGCUCCCUGCCUUUCCCAGGAAGGGAGCAUCUCUCUGGCCUCUGGUCGCCUCCUCUGAGCUGGACUCGGGGAUUGCCUCCAUGUGUCUUCUGCUGAACAUCCAAGCUCCCACGAGCCCUUCCUAGUCUGCAGUGGCAGGGGCGGGGGCAACUGUCACGGGAGAGGAGCUCUGGGCCUCCCAGGCACCUCCAGCCGCCAGGCUGCACCUCACACGUGGCCAUCACCACUGAAACAGGUGAGAUGGACUCUGAGCCCUAGGCUUGUCUUUUGUCUCCCGAGAGCUGUCCUACACACUCGGUGGCUGCAGGAAGAGAGCCCUGGCCCCUGACCAAGCUCAGGGUCCUGAGGUGAGGCCUGAUGGGGGGCGGAAAGGCCAUUUAUAUUCCCAUAUUACAGAUGGGGAGUCUGAGGCUCAGAGAGGCAAGGGACCUUGCCAGGGCCGUAGAGUGAGAACCUGGGUGCUGUAAGGCCAGUAUGUCUGCUGGAGCCCCGUGGCAAGGUCAGCUCCUCUGGCCCCAGGACCUUGUGGGGUGGCCAGGGUGGGGGGUGCUGGAGCCCAGUGGAGUCCAAGUCUUGCUCAGUGGGGUGGUGGUGGAGCUGGGCCCCCAGCACAAAGCUGCUUCCUGGCCCGGAUGCUCGAGAAGCGAGGGUUGUGGCUGUCAGCAUUAGGACCGCCAUCCUUGGCCCUGACUGGGCACCGGGCUCCGUAUCCAGCCUCCCCCAUCUCCCAGCUCAGGAAGGGCCUGGCUCUUGGGAAAGGAGGGCCCGGGCACGGAGCAGGCUGACGCUGGCCCCAGGGGUGGCACUAAUGGUGGGUGUUCAGGCAAGGAGUCUCCAACAGAGCUUCGUCUCUUCCUGGCCUGCAAGCUGGCACCUGGGCAGUCACACCGCAGAGGGGGGCAGGCCACUGUCAGGUGUUUGCCCCAGCCAGCACCACCUGUGGACUUGCCUCCAGGGUCAGCGGCCCUGGUCCCAACCCAAGCUCUCACUCUAAUUCCUACUAAAGAGUGAGUGGCUGACACUAGCUGACUGCUGUGCUUGGGGGUGGAGGGCUUGCAGUUCUUCUGGAACAAUCCCUUCCCCUGGGAGAAGGGAGUCUCCAAGGGAGGCGAGCCAGUGUGGGUCUGACCAGGCACCUGCUGGGCCCCACGACUCUGCAGCCCUGCUUCACUCCGUUGCCUCAUUCACCCCCACCGUCUCCGGAGGUGAGGGUCCAUGGGCCAGCCCCAGGGGGGCCUGUGCCCUCUCCCCUUUUCCGCAUGUGCAAAACCACCGUCUAUCCUUGGGGGGAAAGACGCCAGGGCCCAGGGGAGGCCCCCACCACCCCAGCUUGAGCGGGGUGGCCUCACACCUGCCAGAGCUGUCGAUGGAGCCCACGCAGAACCCUCGCCAACUGGGCCUCCGUUCCCCACCCUCCACUCCUCACCCUCUUCCUGGCCUUGCAGCUGGUGGGCGGGGGCUGGGGGCAUGCGAUGCACCCACGUGACCUUGCCUGGCCCCCCCACCCCCUCAGACACUGGCCCCUGACCACUGACUCCCUCGCACUCCUCUCCUCCGUGGGGCCCCAGGCCCAGGAACCCCCAGAGUCCGGGCUGGGACUGUCCUUGGCUGUUCGGGGCCAGGGUGUGAGGUCUCUGCGUCCCCCUCCACGCGGCCUUCCCUCCCAGACUUUUGAAAAAUCCAAGCAACGUGUGAUGGCGUGUGUAUUUAUAUCUGAUGUAAACACUCUUCUUAACGAGGAGUCCUGGUCCUGAAUUAAACCUGUUUACUCUCUUGUGCCCUCAAUUCAGCACCCUGGU